AAAUGAAUUUUGUGCCCAUGACCCAAUUCAGGCCCAAUUUCAUGAACGCCGCAACACAUAACUUUCAUGUAACGCAACACAAAUUUAGCGUCUCCGAUAGCUUACACGUUUUCACCAUUUUCUCUUCAGGCAUGGCUUCGAAGCUCCUUCAUAACCGACUAAGAUCCCUCUGUAGAGUCUCACAACUCAGCAAUAUUCGUUACUCCAAUUCCAUUUUCUCCACUUCACAAAAUCAUGCACAAUGUCGAUUUUAUUCGGAAGCUUCUCAACAAACUCCGUUAAAUCCUCCACCACCUCCCUCACCUAAUAAUACCUCCAAUACAACUUCUUCAACUAGUUCUCUCAAUGAAUUUGAACUUGCUAAAUUCUCCUCCAUUGCCGAAACCUGGUGGGAUGCUGAAGGACCCUUUAAGCCAUUACAUCUGAUGAACCCUACAAGACUUGCUUUCAUUAGGUUCACUCUUUGUCGGCAUUUCAGAAAGGAUCCAAAUUGCACGAGACCUUUUGAAGGACUAAAGUUUAUUGAUGUUGGUUGUGGAGGCGGAAUUUUAUCUGAGCCUUUGGCUCGAAUGGGAGCUACGGUCACUGGAGUUGAUGCUGUAGACAAAAAUAUUAAGAUUGCUCGGCUUCAUGCGGAUUUGGAUCCGCAGACUUCUUCAAUUGAAUAUCGGUGCACAACAGCUGAAAGCCUGGUUGAAGAACAGAGACAAUUUGAUGCUGUGAUUGCGCUUGAGGUGAUUGAGCAUGUAGCAGAUCCUGCUGAAUUCUGCAAAUCACUAUCAGCAUUGACCAUUCCUGGUGGUGCUACAGUUAUAUCAACAAUAAACCGUUCAAUGAGAGCAUAUGCAACAGCAAUUGUUGCAGCAGAGUAUAUCCUACAUUGGCUGGACUUUACAGCUUCCCAGAGGGACACAUCAAUGGUCAAGCUUUCUAACCCCAGAAGAACUAGUUCUCAUUCUUCAGCAAGCUUCUAUAACUGUGCAAGAGCUGGCUGGAUUUGUGUACAACCCUUUGACGGGUCGCUGGUCCUUGUCUGAUGAUAUCAGUGUUAAUUUCAUUGCUUUCGGAACAAAACCCGGCAAUAGGGAUGAGACUCUAGAUUAAGUUGCAAUAAAGUUUUCAAUUUUAUUCUGCUGUCAUCUCUUAACCCAUUCUGUAAUUGUAUGUAAAUCUCUCUCAAUUUUGUUGGAUGGUGAAUGCAAUACCCAUCUGUUCUCA